UUGAACUAAAUAUCCUCUUCUCUGUCUUUCUUGUUCUCUGUCUCUCUCAUUUGUUAAUUUCAUUUUUGAUAAGAAUUUAAGAGAGAAAGAGAAACAGAGAUUGUGAGUUGAGUUGAGUUGUUUGAGUAGCUAGGCGAUAGCUAAAACGAAGAAUAAAAAAACAGAGAUGGGAAGGGCUCCUUGUUGUUCAAAGGUUGGGUUGCAUAGAGGGCCAUGGACACCUAGAGAAGACACAUUGCUUGUCAAAUACAUUCAAGCUCAUGGUGAAGGUCAUUGGAGAUCACUUCCAAAGAAAGCUGGGCUGCUUCGGUGUGGAAAGAGUUGCAGGCUGCGAUGGAUGAACUAUCUAAGACCAGAUAUCAAGAGAGGGAACAUAACACUCGAUGAGGAAGAUCUUAUCAUCAGAUUACAUUCACUUCUCGGCAACCGGUGGUCUCUCAUUGCCGGGAGGCUUCCUGGUCGAACCGAUAACGAGAUAAAAAAUUACUGGAACACCCAUCUCAGCAAACGACUUCUAAGCCAAGGAACUGACCCUAAUACUCAUAAGAGACUAUCACAGCCAGUGGUUCAACAAGUGAAGAAGAGGAAAAAGAUUAGAGGUAGCAGUAAUUACAAGAAGCAGAACAAGAACAAGAGCAAAGAAAAAUCAACAGUUGAGCCUGCAGAAAAGCCCAAAGUCCAUCUACCAAAACCCAUUAGGGUUUCCACAACUUUCUCUUUACCAAGAAAUGACAGCUUUGACCAAUGCAAUACGUUCAGCACAGUGUCUUCAAGCCCAGUUUGGUCAGAAUAUGUCAAUGAUGAUGCAAAUGGGACAGGCUUUCUUGCUGCUUAUAACAAUGGUGAUCAUAAUGAUUUUGUUAAUGGCUCAGGUUUUGACUGCAGGUCCCAUGUCCCCACAAGUGAAGAUGACAAUUCUCUAGAAAAGCUUUACGAAGAGUAUCUGCAGCUUCUAAAUACAAACAAUGACCAAGAGCAGUUGGAUUCUUUUGCUGAAUCAUUAUUGAUCCGCUAGCAAAAAUAACAAAAUAGAAGUCGUAUGUUCAUUGUUAUGUGUGCAUGUCACAUGGUCUAAUGUUAAUUUUCUCCCAAUAAAGUUGGUUGAAGUUGAAUCUUAGCUUUCACGUGCUUACCUUCUAGCAACAUGUACUUCUGUAUAUGGUAGUUGAUUUUACAUAUAUUGUGUAAUUAUGUGCGGUGGACGUUAAUGAAUGAUACAAAGGAUUUUGUAGU